CAGGUGUUCCAAUCCUCUCCCAAUCAUGUGAUUCAGGUGUUCCAAUCCCCUCCCCGUCAUGUGAUUCAGGUGUUCCAAUCCCCUCCCUGUCAUGUGAUUCAGGUGCUCCAAUCCCCUCCCAAUCAUGUGAUUCAGGUGCUCCAAUCCCCUCCCAAUCAUGUGAUUCAGGUGCUCCAAUCCCCCCCAUAUCAUGUGAUUCAGGUGUUCCAAUCCCCUCCAUAUCACGUGAUUCAGGUGCUCCAAUCCCCUCCAUAUCAUAGUCAAUAGCUAAAGACCUCCAAACUUGGUGUGGCCUUCAGAUGAGCCCAACAACAGUGCGUAGAGAGCUUCAUGGAAUGGGUUUCCAUGGC